AUAUUUUGGUUUACAGACAAAAUUGUAUCAACAAAUCUGGGAAUCUAAAGAUUUACGUUGUGACAAAAUAGCCUCAAAAUAGUGUAGCAACGAAAAUACAACGUUGUAACAACGUAGAACUGUUUGCUGGGAUCUCAUUUAGCCUAAAGUACUAAAUGUACUUCCUGCUAGGUGACCUCAUUUGCACGCUUAUCGAAUCGUGAUACCACGUUUAUCGUGUUGGUUUAUCACAUCAACGUCACUGUCUGGCAUCUGACAACCGUGGUAUGUAAUGUCCCCAUGGUGUAAUCAAUAGCCUGUGUGUGGGUAGGAGUAGCACAAACUCAUGUAAUACGUCUUUCUCCAAAUAUUUAUCAGGUUUAGAGAUGACUUUUCCUAAACGUUGCUGUGGGAAGCAUAAAAUGGGGACCGGGUAUCUGAUUAGCUGGUUAGGUCCGCGGAACACUCAUUCCAACACUAGGGUCGUCUCAGUACGAUAUGACCUCGACCACCACAUGACUGUCACAUGACCAAGGAGUCGUGAACCUGAUUUGAUUUAUUUUGACUUGUUUCCUUGCUUAUAAACAAACCUGUCUCAGCCCGCAUUGCGUCACUUCGUCACAACGUCGCGGGUGGAGAGACGGGUGUCAGGACCCAAGAUGGCAGCCGCCAGAAAGCUGGAGAGUCUGAAUGAGAACUUCUUGACCUGUUCCAUAUGUACGGAGGGAUACAAAGACCCCUGUACUCUGACCUGUGGACACACCUUCUGUAAGGGCUGCCUGGGGGAAUUCCUGAAGACCAGACAAGACGCCAUCAGAGCCAAGUCCAUCCCGUGUCCCUACUGUCGUCAGAUAAACGGAGUUCCAAGGCCUGACAGACCAGUGGAGGAGUGGGUGAAACAGAUUAAGCCCAGUUUCCUCAUACAGGGACUUCUGGACACUCUAGCUUGUGGGGGAAAUACUGAUCAUGGUUUAUCCAUGACUUGUUCAGAUACAGAAAACCGCUGCCAUCCCUGCCAGGAUCUUGGAGAAAGUCAUCCGGCCAACUCCUACUGUCAAGACUGUGAUGUGCCGCUCUGUGGGAGAUGUGUGAAGAUGCAUGCAUCUCUUCCUGGUACGUCAAACCACGUGAUUGCUGGCCUUGGUGGAUCAGUGAAGGUGACCAGACGACAGAGGUGCACGGAACACAACGAAGUCAUGGAUUUCUGCUGCAAAGACUGUAAUAUAGCAAUAUGUCCCAAGUGCUGUGUCACAUACCACAGGAAAUGCGACUCUGUGGUCACUAUUCAGUCAAUAAUGUCUGAGAUAAGAAGUGUUCUUACACACAAUAAGGGAUUGAUUACGCAGAGCUUUGACAACAAGGGCAGAUCACUUCAACAACACAAAUCACAGAUUGAUGCGAUCAGCCACAACAAAGACAAAAUAAAGUCACAGAUCAGACAGGCCUCACAGAAAGCCAUGGACGUGAUUAUACAGAAGGAGAAACAGCUGCUGGAGGAGCUGAAUGAGAUGACAGAGAAGCGGUCUGGACAACUGAGGGGGCGGAUAAAGUCAGGGGAAAUAGACAUGCAGAUGUAUCAACAAUAUAUAGAGUACAUCACCCAGGUGUUGAAGUCUGGGAGUGAGACUGACAUGUUUGACAUUUACCAGAUGUGUCAGUCUGGGGCAAUCAAGGAGGAAACAGACAGGGAUGUCACUUUCACAGACAGCUUUCGUGAUUCAAAACUUAUAUUUGUAAGUGAAAUAGAUGAGAGGAAAUUACACAAGGAUGUACAACUUGGUAGAAUUCAACAGAACGUUUGUGACGUCAUGGAUACGCAACUUGGUAAAAUUCAGUGUGGCACAUUUGACGUCAUGUGCAGACCAGUGUUACACAAGACAGUCGGCAUUAGGUUCGAUGGCGACAGGAAGCAGCCGGAUCCAUGUGACGUCACAGUCCUGGUUGUGGAUGGUGAAGAGACACUGGUGGUCACUGACUGCAACAAUACAUGUCUGAAAUCCUUCUACACAAAGAAUAACAUAUCACGACACAGUAAACUGGAUCUUGCAAGUAACCCAACUUCUGUGACGAGGCUGAGGGACAACCAGAUGGCUGUAUCAUUCUGGUCACACAAUAAUAUUGUUAUAGUACGGGUGACCCCUGACCUUGUACUACAGUCACGUGUCACAACAAAGAAGAUGUACAGAUGCCUAACAGCUUUGAGUCCUUCAACAUUAGCAGCAGGUUGUUGGGAUCCUUCCUGUGUUGAUAUCCUGGAUGUAUCGGGGAGAGUGAUGAGGUCAGUCAGUAGAUUCAACUCUGGGAAGAACCUGAUAUGUAGCCCCACCUACCUCUCUGCUACAGACAUGUGCGACAUCCUAGUGUCAGAUGCUGGCUCACACUCUGUCUACUGUAUCACACAAGGGGGAGAUGCUGUGUUCACCUACACCCCUACAGGAGAGAGGGGACUGAGAGGACCAGUAGGUAUCACAACUACCAGCACAGGACACAUCCUGGUGGCGGACUACAGGGCACACAAGGUGGUACUACUGACACAAGCAGGGAAGUUUGUCAGAGACCUGCUGACUUCACAGGACGGACUACAGAAUCCAUACGGCUUGAUGUUCUGUGACUGUAAACUGUAUGUGGGGGAAAAUUAUGAAGAUGCUGUGAAGGUAUUCAACUGCAGUAUUCCCCAAUGAGACAGGAAGCAAAACCUACUCGGAUCACGUUGCGGGAAAAUAUUUAUGAUGAAAAUUCAGAAAUAUGCCCAGAAUUAACAGUUUUUUGUGUGUAAAAUACCCCAAACGCCAACCACAUUUGAACAAAGAUUACAGUGAAUGAGUGAAUAUGAUAAUACGCUGCUUUUAGCAGUAUUCGAGCAAUUCCCUUUGCACAACGGGGGCACAUUGACCAACCGAACCUGUGACAUCGGCAGGACGAGCGCAUACACAUGACAAGCACAUAAUGAAUUAUUGGAUUAGUUGUAGGGGCUAUUUUCGGUUAAAUGAUGGGACAAGACAAGAAUAAAGCAGGUAGUAGACGUUUACAAGUUUUGAGAAACCCACGAGCACGGAAACGGUGCUGACAAACCUAGAAACUUAAUCUUUUACUGGUGCUUGAGACAUCCACCUAGGGACUCACUAAGUAUGUUUGAAUGACUUUAGAAAAUGUAUGUAUUUUACUAUGCAGCUACAUUUCAAGGUUAGGUGGGUUUUAAUAUAAUCUAUAUGUUUUAAUCAUGUUUCAAGAAUUGUCUCCUAAGCUUUACCAGACUAGAUUUUGUACAGUUUUAUUGUUUGAAUAUAAUGUUAUAUUUUUUUUAUGUACAAUAUGUGACACCAUAAUAAAAUAUAUCAUAUCUUAUCUUAUCUUACAUUUACUAAUGCCUACAUACGUCAGGUAUUUGUCAGAGCUGAUCCGAUAAUCACUAUCAUAAAUGUAAAAGUCAUAUUUCAUGUAUAUUGAAUAAACUUGUCAGUGAUAUACGCGUUUAAAUAUCC